AUGGAAUUUUCUGAUGGCCGCGAGAAAUCAUUGGGUGAUAUGAUCUAUCGACAUAGGUAUUUGACGCAGCUGGUUUUCCUAACGAACUUGGAGACCCCCAGCUCUACCAUAACACUCCCAACAUUACGAACACUAUCUCUAGUGUGCUCCCAAUAUGGCGGCGUGAACCGGCAGCUGGAAUUCGUGUCUGGAUGCCCAGCCUUGGAGUACCUGACUUGGGGUCUGUGCUCUAAAGUUCGUUUUAUUGCUAAGGACUUUGUGCGGUUGGUCGAAGCCAGCACCUGGCCUAAGUUGGAGGGAUUGAACUUGAGUGAGGUCGGCUAUGGUUUUUCGGACGCAGACAUUGCAUCCAUCUUGGAGGUCAUGCCACGAGUGGUGUGUUUCAACAUGUCCAGUUCAACAUUCGGUUCAUUGUCCUUCCAGCGUCUCCGGCCUUACUUUUCAACCCUCAAGAAAGUCAAUUUAGAUGGGUGUGAACAAGUGACAAAAGCAAUGCUGUUGGAGAUCCUCUCAUUCUGCCCACAACUAUCCCAGAAAUGUCGCACACGCCUUGCCAGGAUGACCAACGAUGGCCGCCAAUAA